GGUUUGAGUGAAGCUUAAGAGCACAACAACUUCUCUUCUUUGUUUCAAAUAUGGGGAAAAUGGCCUCUCUAGUUGCUACUCUUUUAGUGGUUUUAGUGUCACUUAUCUUAGUUUCCGAAAGCUCAGCAAAUUAUCAAUACUCAUCUCCCCCACCACCAAAGAAACCAUACCACCCUUCACCAACACCUUAUCAUCCCGCACCAGUUUACAAAUCACCCCCACCGCCAACUCCAGUUUACAAGUCACCACCACCACCCGAGGAGCCAUACUAUCCUCCACACACCCCAGUUUACAAGUCUCCACCUCCCCCGACUCCGGUUUACAAGUCACCACCACCACUGGUGAAGCCAUACCAUCCUGCACCAGUAUACAAGUCCCCACCACCACCAACUCCAGUUUACAAGUCACCACCACCACCUAAGGAGCCAUACUACCCUCCACACACUCCAGUUUACAAGUCGCCACCUCCCCCUACUCCAGUUUACAAGUCACCACCACCACCUAAGGAGCCAUACUACCCUCCACACACUCCAGUUUACAAGUCGCCACCUCCCCCUACUCCAGUUUACAAGUCACCACCACCACCUAAGGAGCCAUACUACCCUCCACACACUCCAGUUUACAAGUCGCCACCUCCCCCUACUCCAGUUUACAAGUCACCACCACCACCUAAGGAGCCAUACUAG